UCAAGUCAAACAAUAAUACAUUACCUUUAUAUUUAUUAACAGAAUAACUAAAGGGACUUAUUAUUAUUAUUGCUAAAUAGCCUACAAUUUUUUUUAAUUCUACUAUAAUAUAAACACCAACACUCUUGGGUUUACUUCAUAACAUUUAAAGUAAAUAUGGGUUAGAAAUCUAGUUCAAAAAUUAAUGGUUAAAAGUAUUAAAACGACUAAAAAGCCCAACUUAAAAAUACAAUCAAAAAUAAGUUGAAAUAAUAUAAUAAUUAAAUAAAGUAGAAGAUUGAGAACAACUAUUCUAUCUCUAACUUCAACUCCAAUACCUACAUUGCUUAUAAUAUAAAAAAAAAAUCAGAUCCAAAGAAUUAGUUCACUUGGUUUGAGUAUGCAGAAGAUGAAUGCGAAUUGAUUUAUAAUUAGAAGCCUUAUCAAUGGAUUGAGUAGACUCUGCGUUUACUUAAAUACAUGAAAAAUGACUCCAAAGUGUUUGAGUUUUAAAAAACAUAAAUUAUAUCUCUGAUAUACACAAUAGAAACAAUGACAGAGCUUGAUUAUUUACUUGAUGUUCCUAUGGAAUAAUAUGAAGAUUUUUUCGCAGAGGAAGAGUUAGAAGAAAUAGUUGAAGGGUAGAUUGAUGAAUAUAAUAGAACUUUAAAACAACAAAAUCCUUUAUUCCUUAGCAAUAUAUCUAAUAAUUAAGAAUCUCCAAUUUAAAAUGAGAAUUAAAGAUCUUACUCUUAAAAUAUAUUACUUAAUUAAGGUGAGUUAAUGCCUAAAGUCAACAUUAUUGAAUAUAAUGAUUAACGAUUAUCAUGCUAAAAAUAACAUAAUUAAUUGCAAUCGAAUGAUAAAUCUUAAAGUGUGGGAAAAGAAAAAAAUAUUUCAAUAUUUAACACAGAUGACUUAAUGAAUGAAAAUAACACUAUUAUCUAGUAAGAAAAUAAUAAUAAUAAGGCAUUUUAAAAGGACGAUAAAAAUAUUGGUACUCUAAUAGAAAGAAUACCUAUCUUCGAAGAAGAACUACAAGAAAAUAUAAAUGGCACUAAGAUAGAUACAAAUUUGAUGAGAAGUGAGAUAUUUACAAUCAUGGCUGACUAGCAUGCAAAUGUUUUAUAAUAUAAUGAUAACUUAGAAUAAAGACAGCAAUUAAGAGAAAGAAAUUAAAACAUUAUUAGCUAAAUGAACAAUAAUACUUUGUUGCUUAAUAACGCAGCAGCAGUAGCUUAUCAGGAAAAUCUAAAUUAAAUUGGAAACAACUAAAGUAAUAACAAUAAUUAUAUUUAGUAAAGAGACAGCUAACACUAAAUUAAUAUUCAACAAAACGAGAUAUAUAUUGAUGCACUUAAAAUGGUUAAUUUUUACAAAAGAAUAUCAAAUUUUUUAGAAAAAUCUCUGGAUGAGAAGCUAAAUGGACUUAGAGCUAUAAAAAAAUUAUAUAAAAAGUACUUCAUGGAAAAAUACUCUAGUUUACUAAUAAAACUUUAGAAUUAAGGAAAGAUGGAAGUGUAAGAAGAUUUGAUAGACGAAAUGCUCAAAGACAUUUUAUAGUUUAUACACUUUUUUCUAUAUUGUGUUAUCUUUUUUUAUGAUCUAGAUAACAUUCUACCUUAGAAGAAAUAUUCUUAACUUGUUAACAAAGAAAACUUAUGGAAUUUUCUUGUCAAUAUCUUUUUUGCUGAUGAUGAAAUAUAUAAUGUUUGCUUUGAGCUCACAUAAGCAUCACUAAUUGAAAAAGAGAAAAAUCUAUAAUCAAAAAUGAUAAAUUUAGAUAAAGUCCUCCCUCACCACUUAGAAAUUCAUCCUAAAUUUUGCUUAAACAAUAAAACUAUAGAAUGGGCAAAAUAAUAAGUGCAAAAUCAACAGUAAAAGAAUUAAAAUUAACCUCAAGGUUAGUUAAGCCCACAAUAAAAUUAAGCUUCAGCUAAUGGCUAAACCAUUAAUCAUAUCCAUAAAAAUAAUAAUUAAACAAAUUAAUUAAAUAAACAAAGUGAAUCUCCUAAUAGCAUACGUCUGUCUGCAAAAAACUAGCCAAGUAACUAUACUAACAACAUCAGAUUAAGCUAAUAGCAUAUUGCUUAAAAUCAACCAAAAAAGUAACUUGAAAUGUUGGAAGAAGAAAGUGAGAUAUUUCUAAUGAAUUAAAACUCAAAGAGUUCUUCAUGCAUAAGUUAACCCAAAUACGACAACAACGAAAAAUCUUAAGUUUCAAAGCAUGCUCAAAAUAAAGAAAACUAAAAUAGCAUGUGUAAGAAUAAAAGUAGUGAUAAAUAAAGUGUCUCACCAAAAACCAAUUAAGAAAGCACAACUUAAGCAUCGAGUAAUUAAAAUUCAAAUAGCUAUCAAACAACUGAAUAAGUUUUAGGAAGAGAGAAGAGAAUUCUUUCUUAGUCUAAGUGCAAAUAUAAUCAAAGAGAUUCAGACCCAUAUAGAGUUAGCAUGUAAGAUUAGGACGGAAAAGAUGAAAUUCUAGAAGAAACAUGCAUUCCUAAGAUAUCUCAACUAGAAGAAAGGGAUUCUUCUUCAUUUAUAUAUAAUAACAAGCAAUAAACAAAAUCCCAUGUUAUGAAUGUUUCAUCACCUAAAUCUCAGAAUUGUUGUUAUUCACCUAAUGGUUAAAAUAAAAAUUAAAUUUCUAACAAAAACUCAAGUAAAUCUAACUCUUCUAAAAAUUCAAAAUAAAGCUCAUCAAGCUAAGAUAUUCGCUUAACACAAUAUAACAGCAAUAAUGCUUUUAGACAUUAGACAAACUACUUGAAAAUACAACGCAAAAAUAGUUUAGAUUAAAAUUGCCCAUACUAUAAAGCAAUCAAAAAGCUUCAAAAUUUAACUUUCUAUAAUAGCCCCGUUCAUAAAAUGAAAUUAUUAGUCUAGUGCUUUGAGCUGAUACCUUAAUGUGUUUCUGAGUUUUACGAAAAAAAUAUAGACUAUCUGGAGUAGAAUUUGAUAGCAAGUGAUGACUUAAUAAAUAUCCUUGUCUUCAUAGUUCUUAAAAGCAAAUGCACUUAAAUAAAUUCUCACUUAAAGUUAAUUUCAUCUUUUCUAUCAAAGAGCACUUAAUAAAGUAAAAUUGGGUACUACUGCACAACCUUGUAAAUAGUUUGUGGCUAUUUAGAAUCUGAUAAAAUAUAUGAAAAUGUAGAGUCUCUCAGAACUAAAUCCGAGUUCUUCAAUAAGACAAUCCUCUAAAUGAAUAACUCAUACUUAAGAAAAUCUAAUUUUAAUCAAAGCAUAGAUAUAGCUUCUUAAAGUAGAAUUGUAUCAAUAGAAAAGUUAGAAUUUUAGAAUGGAAUAGAUAAUUAACAAAACGGGAUUCAAAUCACAGCCUAACCCUAAAUAUCUGAAGAGAUUACAACAAAUGUAUUUGAAAAUGUUGUGAUUGUAUGA